AUGAGUGUAUAUGACGAACUUUCAUUAAUAAAAGUUUCUUUGAACGAAAAAGAGUUAAAUCUAGAAGAAUUAUAUUCACCGGAUUUUCAAGCAUUACAUCGCUUUUUAAGAUUACUUCCAUAUUUGGAUAAUUCAACAAGAUCAAAACUUUUGGAAAAACUUAGACGAUUGAUUGAUUCCAAUAACCAUGGCCAAGAAGUGAAAGAUGUUAAGAUUCUUGUGAUAAUGAUUUUGGAUAAUUUAGCAUAUGACUCUUCAACAUGUUUCGAAAUAAUUCUUACCGAUUUAAUGAAUCAGGUUCAAUCAGAUUCUACAGAAUUGAAAUGUCGUGUUUAUGAUUUAGUGCUUAAUAACUUGAAGAAUGAAAAUUUGAAUAUUUCAUCAUCUUUAUUAAGUAAACUCAAGUCUUUUGGUGUACAUGCAAUCAAUGAUUUAACCGACUCACAUUAUAGUUUAAGAUCUGUAUGUAUAAUUUCUGGUGGUAAUAAUAUAAUGUUGCCAAAUCUAAACGAAUCAGAAAUUCAAAAAAUCAUUAAAAAUUUUGGUAAUGAUCCAGAUCCUAGAGUUAGAAGUGCUGCACUUAAAGCAUUACUUCAACUUAAUGAAUAUGGAUAUAAACUUGAUAUAUCAUUGUAUAAUUUAAGCGUUUCAUGCUUAGCUGAUGAUUAUGAAGAAGUUAGAAUAGAAGCAUUAAACUUAAUAUGUACAAUAUACCCCCAAAGUUCGAUGGAAGAUGGACCAUCUCAAUCGAUAAGGUUAAUAGAUGAUGCAUUUAUUAAAGUAUGCGAUAUGGUAUACGACGUUUCGGUGAAAGUUCGAAGUAAGGCGUGUAAACUUAUGGGACUUUAUCUAGACGUAGAUGUUAAUGUUCUUUUACAAACUUUAAGUCAACAAGUCAUUACUCAUUCUGGAAAAUCUAAAAAAGUUGGACACAAUAAACCAAAGAAAGGAAGGUAUAUUCCUAACCCUGAAGGUGACAUUGAUGUGGAAUCAUUAGAAUUACGACUUCUUAAAUCAAGUGCAUCGGGUGCAUUUAUUCAUGAUUCUAUACGUGAAUUGUCUAUGAAUAACCAAGUAUUUGCUAAAAGAGCUGUUGAGUUCCUUGUAGACAUGUUUCAAGAUGAGAUUGAUUCAGUGCGAUUGAAAUCAAUCAACAGCCUAAAACAAAUAGGAGAAAAUAAUCCAAUUGAAUUAGAUUCAGAAUUAUUACAAAUUGUACUUAGUGUACUCAACGAUUCAGACCCUGUUGUUAGAGUGUCAACUCACAGAAUGCUAGGUGUUAUAAGAUUGAAAGUAUCAGAUUUGACGUUGAUAUUUACUCAAACAUUGAUUAAGAACAUGUCAAUAUAUCCCGAAGAUCAAUUAUCAAUUUAUGAAUGUUUUAGAGAUUUUGGCACUAAACAUAGCGAUUAUAUUGUGCCAAAUUUUAUGUUAAAAACAUCGGACAUAGGAGCGAAUUUAUUGAAAAUAUCUUAUUCGAUUGAACAUGGAUUUUUAGAAUUACACAAUAAAAAAUUUAUUUAUAAUAUGAGGAUAAUUGCUUAUAUUGUUUGGUUGAUUGGCAAUCUAAAAAAUGUUGAUAGUAAUGGUAAUUCGGCAUUGAAUAAUCAGGAUCCUUUGAAUUUAUUUAUCAAACGAGGAACUGAUAUAGCAAGACUAUUUGAACAAAAUAAUCAUGAAUUAAACUAUCUUCUUGACAAUUUAAAUAAACCUCCGAUUGAAAUGAAUGCUAUCAUUUCUUUAUUAUUUGAUUAUAUUAAGAAUUUUCAAUUACUUGAUAUAAAUCCUCGAAAUUCUUUAAUAAAACCAGAAGCAAUUAUUACUCGACCAACUUCCAAUAAAAAACCAGUAGAAUUUGACCGUCAAUUUCCAUUAACUGUUCAUAUAGAGGCUGAUCUUUUUGACUUAGAUGAUAUAACUACUAUUUCAAUUCAGGUUACUCUUCCUGAUCAAAGUAUUUUAAAUUUUCGAACAUCACCCGUCGAAUUCUUUCCUACGAAAACCUAUCAAUAUCAAUUAAAAACUCACAUAGACAUUUCACAGUCUGCUUGGACCGAAUCAUGUUAUAUUAUAAUUAAGAUAGUUCGUAGUUUUGAACUAGAUCCAAACAAUAUUGAUAUGAAUAUUUUACGACAAAAUUUUUCAUCGGCAAAUAGUAUACCCUGUGCAACAACAAGUACAAUGACAACUCAAAAUACUUUGGAUAUUUCUUCUAAUCCUAUUAAAUAUUUUAUAUGGCCAAAAGAUACACUGCCAACCUCUAUUUCUUAA